UAUAAAAACACCCGCACUGUUAUUUUUAGAACAUGCCGCCAAUAUUCGCCCGCCUCGUGCCUUUCGCGGCUGUGUGCGGCGCAAACUUUAUCAACAUCCCUAUGAUGAGGAGCAAUGAGCUGAUGGGUGGCACGCCUGUGUUCACGCCGUCGGGAGAACGCAUCGGGGAGUCGAAACGUGCGGCGCAACUCGGCAUCAUGCUCGUCUGCAUCUCACGCACGUUCAUGGCUCUGCCCGGCAUGACGUUAACUCCUAUAUUAACAAACAUGGCGACCAAACGUGGUCUAUUCAACAAGUACCCGCUGGCGGUGAUGCCGUUCCAGUUGGUGCUGGUGGGCAUGUGUGUGACCUUCGCCACACCAAUGUGCUGCGCCUUCUUCAACCAGCAGGCCACCAUCAGUGUCUCCAAGCUGGAACCUCAUCUGCAGGAGAUAAUUAUGAAAAAACAUCCCGAUGUAUCGGAGGUGGUAUUCAACAAGGGUUUAUAAAUAAUUCCGAGAUACCUUGUAGGGUAGUUUUGCUCUUGUUGCUAGAACAAAUUAUUUUGUAGGUAGUUUGAAUUUUAGUGCAGUUAUGUUUAAGUUAUUAGUCAA